GAAAGAGAAAGAGGGAGGGAGGGAAAGAGAGAGAGAGAGAGAGAGAGAGAGGGAGAAAGAGAGCGGCGUCGCCGUCGGCGUCUUCGGGAAUCGGUUGCCUCCUUUCAUCGGGGCAACGGCGACGUCCGAUCCGGCAUCGUUCUUUUAACAUCGCGGCGGUGCACGUGGCGCGCGCGGCACGCGGUGCUUCGAGAAAAAGACAGAUAGAUAGGUAGACAGUUAGGUGAAUAGAUAAUAAGCGCGUGCUCUAAAAAAAUAUCGAAAAAACGCGAGAAGAAGACAAAGAGGGGUGAAGAGAGCAAAAGAGGGAAAGAGAGAGAGAGAGAGAGAGAGAGAGAGAGAAAGAGAGAGAGAGAGAGAGAAACAUACAGAGUGGUUACAGAGGGAGAAGAAAGACGGCAAAGGAGUAGAGGUGACAGAGAUUGAAAGGGGGCGGGCGGGAAGAAAAAGGGUAGAGACGAAAAAAAACGGAGAACACGAAGAGCCUGCGUCCCGACGGAUAGAGGAAAUCACCAAAGGAAGCCAGAAGGAGCCUCGUAUCUUUCUUCCGUUUUUUUCUAUCAAUCCUCUCACGUAAAGAAGGACGGAGGAUCCGACGACCACGAGUGACUCGACGAGGAGGAAGCGGGACAUGCUGGAACCACGCUGGAGACCCGUCCAGGUCAGUGGUGUAUACUUCCCUGGCUUCUGAGACACAGUGACGUGGCUUGUUGAUGGACACAUUGGUGAAAAUCCGUUUGAUAACGGUUCGUGGGGAAAGGAGCAUUUUCAGCCAUCGACAGUUCCCUGGCAGCUGAAUCCGCGCAGUCACGGACGUCCUAGUGACGAUGGCAUAAUGGAUCAUGAUACAGACGGAGACGGCGCGAUCAACUUGUCAACGUCACAGCGACCCUCCGCUGCCACCACCCCUAAUGGUGAUACUCCCACUUACGGCCAAGAUCAACAAGACAACGAUCAGGCUACUUCGCUGUUUGCAGCCCUGAAGCAGCAGCAACAGCAAUCGCGCGACAGCGUCUUCUCGUCGCGGGACCGUGAGUGCCGCGACAGGGAUCGCCUAUCUACGGUCCGCAAUCGCGACUCCGGCAGAAGUAAUAUAGCGGAGACCGGUGGCGGCAGCGGUGUUGCUGAUCAACAGCAGCAACAGCAGCAGCAAGAUCUCACUAUCGAGUACCAAAGCAAUGGGAAGCUCAGUCCCGCCGGACACGUAGUGACACCAGCACCCAUGACCCAGCAAAAGCAGCCAAUCAUCACGCAGCAGUCGCAACAGCCCAGCUCAGGGGCACCAGGGCCCCAACCUAGCCCGCAUCAAAGCCCACAAGCCCCACAGAGGGGUUCACCACCGAAUCCUUCCCAGGGUCCGCCACCCGGUGGCCCGCCAGGGGCUCCGCCGUCGCAGACCCCCUCGCAGAUGAUGCUCAGCUCGGCGAGCGGCCUUCAUCAGAUGCAACAAUUGCUGCAGCAACACAUACUCAGCCCCACGCAACUGCAAUCCUUUAUGCAGCAGCACACGUUGUACAUGCAGCAACAGCAACAGCAACAUCAUCAGGAUUCAUCUUCCGAUCAUACAUCUAAUCAGGAGCGGUUUGGUUAUUUCUCUUCUUUAAAGAACCAUCAGCAUCAACUUGCGGAACUCAACAAGAAACAAUUGGAACAGGCAAUGCAACAACUGCAGGAACAAUUACAGCUGAACUUAUUUCAGCAGACACAUUUAUUGCAAACAGCGGACAAAAAGAAAGCAUCGGCGCCUCUUCAGCAACUAGCGAUUCAACAACAGCAACUGAUACAGCAAUUACAGAUUACACAGAGGCAAUAUCUGUUACAGCAAGGACUGAGUCUUCAAGGCCAUAAUCCUUCUUCAGCAGGUUUGCCACCAAGUGAUAAUCUACCAUCAUGGAAGUCAGAGCCCUCGGAUACACCGGAAUCCCACCAGAAUUCCAACGUGGCGAAAUCGAAUUCUGGAUUGAACGGCAUUCUGAAUUCGAUAGCUUCGAGCCGACGAUCCGAGGUGAAUGGUACAACACCGAUGGACGAGAAGCCGCUGGAUGCCUCCUGCAACGACAAGGUUCAUCCCCUCUAUGGCCAUGGGGUGUGCAAGUGGCCAGGCUGUGAAGUAAUUUGUGAAGACUAUCAAGCAUUCCUUAAACACUUAAAUACAGAGCACACAUUGGAUGACCGAUCGACAGCGCAAGCCAGGGUCCAGAUGCAAGUAGUGUCGCAGUUAGAAAUUCAGUUGCAAAAAGAACGAGAUCGACUAGGCGCUAUGAUGCAUCAUUUGCAUAUGGCAAAACAAAUGGCUUCCCCGGAACCACCAAAGUCAUCGGAGUCAUCGACGGGCUCGAAUUUACCAAAGCUAAAUUUUUCCACUGCGCUAAUGAGUCAACCGCCACCUAACUUUGGAGUCUCUCAGGUGUCACCAGUAUCCAUGUCCGCGCUAGUAUCUGCCGUGAGGUCGCCUGCGAGUGCUCAAUUGCCUCCAUCGGUUGGCAGUGCCCCGAUGCCACCACUUCCGACCAUACCCAAUAUGUCUAGUUUACCUCCCAUGCCCAACAUGCCUGGCAGCAUGCCGAGUAUGGCUGGUCCAAUCAGACGGCGCAUCAGCGACAAGUCAGCUCUUUCUUUGGCAGGAGGACUGUAUGACGAGGGCACUGUAAGGCGCAGAGUAGCCGUCGAUAGAUCUGGAAUAGAUAUUAACGAAGAAAUUCAGCGAAAUAGGGAAUUCUACAAGAAUGCAGACGUCAGACCACCGUUCACGUAUGCAUCCUUAAUUCGGCAGUCUAUCAUCGAAUCUCCUGAGAAACAGCUGACACUCAACGAAAUUUACAACUGGUUCCAAAACACAUUCUGCUACUUCCGGCGCAACGCAGCAACGUGGAAGAACGCGAUCCGCACCAAUCUAUCAUUGCACAAGUGUUUUGUGCGCUAUGAGGACGACUUCGGGUCAUUCUGGAUGGUGGACGACGCCGAGUUCGUAAAGCGGCGGCAUCUGUCCCGCGGCCGCCCCAGGAAAUAUGACCCAACCCCAUCACCCACUCCACCCCACCUCUCCGCACAGGGUGUACCGUCAAAGAGCCCAACGCUGACGCAUAGUCCUACUAUGUACGGUGAUGCGCUUAAUGCCAACCUGCAGUAUUUCCAGGCACUCGGGGAAUCUAACAUGGGAUUUUUGAAUCCAAUGUGCACGUCAACAGCGACAAGUCCUGAUAAGGAACAUGUGUUACCUCAUAAUGACUUGAUGUCGCCGCUGGAUGAACCGGCCGUGCACAUAAAGCAGGAGAGCCAGAGUCCGGAAGGAGGGAAGCACCCGAGAUUAAUAAAGCGCGAACUACCGGACGGCCCCAUGGAGCAAGAGACGGAGGAGGAUCAGACGGACGAAAGAGAAUACUCUGAGAGCCACGGCCACGACUCCGGUCAGGACGAGGAUAUAGCGGAGGACCUGUCGAUGGCGCCCGACAUAAUGAUCCCGGAAGAUCAAGUCGAGGCGUAGUAUCGCCCCGUCAUAAUGAACCGAUAAAAAAACGAGAUGUAUACAGGAUGUGUCCCGUUUGUUCGGCCACACGAAGAGAGGAGUUCUUUUACGUUGACCAGGGUAGAGUAGAGAACGAACGUAAAAGAGCGGAAGAGAGAACGGGGUGCGAGUAACAGAAGCAGAGAUUCUCAAGAGGACGACGAAGGCCCUCCAGGACCACCCACCUCCUCCACACUCCUCCUUCGUACGAGUUACCCCUCAACGUAUCAUAUCUGAUGCCGCGACGUUCUAAAAGGCGGCUUUAAAGUAACGAAAAAGGAGCCAAUCGAAUUUGUGAAAAAAGGACACUAUCGGUUAAGCGACGACGAUGGUGAGCGGUACUACCGAUGAUGUCAGCGUGGACAUCUGAUGCUGAUAGCGUCGUAAUCUCGGCGAUAUUCGGGAGCGAUCCUUCGAUCCAUAUCCUUACUCAAGCAAUUGCGAACAACGAUGUAUUUUAUUUUUCUUUCGAUCUUUUUUCUGUUCCGCGGUUAUAUCUAAUAGACACGUAUAUAUAAAUAUAUACAUAUAUCUUUCUCUUUCUUCUUCUUUCCUCUC